UAUACCUCCACCACUUUCAAUCCCUGGUAUACUGCCUCUCGAUAUAAAUAUAGCCAAUUCCCACCUUCUUCGACAAGUUGGGGAAGUUUUGUCCUUUUUUUUUUUUGAAUAUCUUUCUAGUCUUACGUAUUAGUUCCAAAAGAAAAAUAUGGCUUGGUUAACUAGAACUUCAAACUAUGGUUUGAAAGGUAGAAAAUUGAAAGCUUUCGUUACCUUCACCGCCGUUAUGGGUUUUUCCCUUUUCGGUUAUGACCAAGGGUUAAUGUCUGGUCUUAUUGAAGGUGAAGAAUUUAUCAAAGAAUUCUCAGCUGCUAAUAAAGAAAUUGUUGGUGAUUAUAAUGGUACCAUUAACCAAGGGGCAAUCACUUCUUGUUACGAAAUUGGUUGUUUCUUUGGUGCUUUAUUUGCCUUAUUCAGAGGUGAUAAAUUUGGUAGAAAACCUUUGGUUAUUGCUGGUUCCCUUAUCAUUGUUCUCGGUACCGUGAUCUCGACUGCUGCUUUCGGUCCUCAUUGGGGUACUGGUCAAUUCGUUGUUGGUAGAGUUAUCACCGGGAUUGGUAAUGGUUUAAAUACCGCUACUAUUCCAGUCUGGCAAUCCGAAAUGUCCAGAGCUGAAAAUAGAGGUCGUUUGGUCUGUUUGGAAGGUUCUGUCAUUGCUGUCGGUACCUUUGUUGCUUACUGGAUUGAUUUUGGUUUAUCUUAUGUUAACUCUUCUGUUCAAUGGAGAUUCCCAGUUGCUUUCCAAAUCUUUUUCGCUUUAAUUGUCUUCUUUGGUAUGGCUGGUUUACCAGAAUCUCCAAGAUGGUUGGUUGCUCAUAACAGAAAACCUGAAGCUUUGGAAGUUUUGGGUUCUUUAAAUGACUUACCAACAGACUCUGACGAAGUUUACGCUGAAGCUACCGUUAUCCAAGAUGCUGUUAACCGUUUCUCCAGAGCUCAGUUAGGUUUCAAAGAUUUAUUAUCUGGUGGUAAAAAUCAACAUUUCCAAAGAAUGGUUGUUGGUUCAACUGGUCAAUUCUUCCAACAAUUUACCGGUUGUAACGCUGCCAUUUACUAUUCUACUGUCUUAUUCAAAAACACUAUUAAUUUGAAAGGUAAAUUACCUUUAAUUAUGGGUGGUGUUUUUGCAACCAUUUAUGCUUUAGCUACUAUUCCUGCUUUCUUUUUGGUUGAUUCUGUUGGUAGAAGAAACUUAUUCUUGGUUGGUGCUAUUGGUCAAGGUUGUUCCUUUAUUAUUUCAUUUGCUUGUUUAAUUGACCCAACCACUCAAAAUGCUAAAGGUGCUGCCGUUGGUAUUUUCCUUUUCAUUGUCUUCUUUGCUUUCACCAUCUUGCCAUUACCAUGGAUUUACCCACCAGAAAUUAACCCAUUAAGAACCAGAACCGUUGCUUCUGCUGUUUCCACUUGUACUAACUGGAUUUGUAAUUUCGCCGUUGUUAUGUUCACUCCAUUAUUCAUGGAUCAAGCUGAUUGGGGUUGUUACCUUUUCUUUGCCUUGAUGAAUUUCUGUUUCGUUCCAAUCAUUUUCUUCUUCUACCCAGAAACUGCUGGUCGUUCAUUAGAAGAAAUUGAUAUCAUUUACGCUAAAGCUUUCACUGAUAAACGUCAAGCUUGGAGAGUUGCUGCUACCUUACCUAAAUUAUCCUUACAAGAAAUUGAAGACCAAGGUACUCAAUUAGGUCUUUACGAUAAUGAUUUCGAAAAGGAAAACUUUGAAACUAAAGAUAACGUUUCUUCCACCAGUUCCUCCGGUAAAGAGGGUUCAGGUGCUGAAGGUACUGAAACCCCAGCUGAAACUGGUGGUCCAUUAGAAAAAUCUCCAAGAGAAGAAACUGUCUAGAUUUAGAUUUUAAUAUACCAAAAACUCAUAUAUACCUAAUACAAAUUCCAUCAAGAGUGAAUUACGAUUCCUUUCACUUUGCAGCUUAUUUAAUAGAAAGAAAAAAAAAAAACUCAUAACUUAGCUUAAUGACUUUUUCCAUUACUAUAUAAUUUCUCA